AUGUCCCCAGGUGUCUUGUUUGCACCAAGAAUCUCCAAAUUGCACCAUCACCGACGCAUCAUGUUCACGCGGCAUAUGUAUGAACUGGAAUGCGAUCAGCCCAUUAAGAAGGGGCCCCCUCUUGUCGAUCCUUCGACUCUUGCACCAGCUAUCCUCGCCACGAUAUUCUUCUUUAUCCGGAUAGCUGCUAAACUCGCAAACCUCGCUGGUGGUUGGGGACUUGACGACCUCACUGUCACGAUCGCAUGGAUACUGGGAGUUGCCUUGUUUGUUGUGAAUACAUACAUGAUCAAAUACGGUUUCGGCAUGAAUACCUGGGAUAUCUUACCCUUCCACCACGUCACAUUAGUCUUCCAGUACUUCGAAGGUCUGGCGAUGAUGUACAAGAUCCAAAUCUCGCUCUGCAAGAUAUCCGUCCUACUCUUCCUGCUGCGAAUCUUCCAGUCCCGUGUUUUCCGCGUAUGCGCAUAUAUACUCAUCGCCAUCAACGCCGCCAUCGGCAUCACGUUUUCCCUCGUGGAUCUGCUUCGCUGCGUGCCAGUCCACCUGGACUGGCAUUCCUGGACCGGCGAAUACGAGGGCGUGGGAACAUGCAUCAAUUUCAUCGCAGCAGUUUUAGUCCACUGUCUUGUCAACAUUUUCGUCGACGUCGUCAUCGUCCUCCUACCGAUCUACGAAGUCAGCAAGUUGCAGCUGCCAUGGAUGAAGAAGAUCAACGUGGCACUGAUGUUCAUGAUGGGUCUUAUUUUAACUAUUAUCGCUAUCAUUCGUGUGAUCGUAUUCUGGGAGAACCGCUGGACCACCAACUUGACCGGUACCACCUCACCCACCCUCACAACCUUUUCAAAGUCCACCCCACUAACACAUAAAUGUAUUUACAGCCGGUCUCCAGCCCCUCAUUCACUGGUCCGUCAUCGAAUCCCAGAUCGCAAUCAUGACGACCUGUCUCCCCGCCGCCCGCGCGUUCAUAAACCAAUACGUCCCAGGUCUUCCCGGCAGCACACAACGACGGACCUACGGCCGAACCAACUCUCUGUACAACAACGGAGGUGCAUCCUCAGGGGUCACCAACAGCAAGAUUUCCAAGUCAGUGAAUAUCUCCGUUGA